GUCUCUCUCGCGCCGCACACGCGAUCGAUCACGAUUGAUCGAAUAUUAGUAAUCGAUUGAUGGUGGAUCCAUCCGUUUUGAAGACAUAAAAUAGAAAAUGGCCGUGUGUGUAGCUGUGAUAGCGAAAGAGAAUUAUCCAUUAUACAUUCGAACAAUACCAACAGAAAAUGAAUUGAAAUUUUACUACACUGUACAUACAUGUUUGGAUGUAAUAGAAGAAAAGAUCUUAACUGUUGGGAAGACAAUCAAUGAACUAAGAGAACUGUACCUCGGACUGCUUUACCCGACAGAAGACUACAAAGUCUAUGGGUAUGUGACUAACACAAAAGUCAAGUUUGUAAUUGUAGUGGAGUCAUCAAAUACACAACUACGAGAUAAUGAAAUAAGAAGUAAAUUCCGAAAGCUUCAUAAUGCAUACGUUGAUAUGCUAUGCAAUCCAUUCUAUACACCAGGAGAAAACAUAACAUCAAAAACAUUUGAUACAGAAGUGUCUGCUAUGAUGGUUCAAGAUUGAAAUCUAAAUUUUAUUAAAAAGUUAUCUGGCUGUUCUGUAAAGCUAAUACUGUGUAUAAAGGCUCAACUUACUAUACAGUGCAUAGGUUCCUCAGCUUCUUCAAAGCAUUUAUGUAACUUAUACUGUCACACAAUAACCAUGUUCCUGUAACCAUGGAGUAACCUAAAUUUCUUCUAUCAUUUCUUUACAAUUUUUGUUCAGGGAUAUACAGCUUCCUUCCCCCACCCCAAAUCAUUGUAUAGGCCUUUGAUACUCUUAAGGUGCUCAUUUAACCAGAUCUUCUGGAAGUGGCUUCCCAACUUGGCACCCCUGUCUGUGUAUGUGCUUGCCUGAUGAAACACCAGUCCACAAAUGGAUCUACAGUUGCGGAAAUUGCGUUACUUACGGAAGAUGAACCUGUCGGCAGCAACAAGGGUUUCUGUGCAGAGUAUUCAGGUUUGCUACUGCAUAUAAUAGUGCAAUGGACGGUAGCUGGUGUGUCUUGGAGUUGAAUCCUCGUUGAUAGACAUGAUUUUUAAUUAAAUAUAAUGUGAAAUCGUGAUGUUUCAUGUAAAUAAUCAUCAAAAUAUUAUCUAAAUACUGUAAAUUUUACUAAUAAAGUAUGGUAUGUAUUAUAUGAAUGUUUUACUUAUAUGUUUCAUUUUGGUAGGUUGCAUCAUUAAAUUAAUGUAAUGUCUUCUUUGGUUUAAGAGCUGCAAUAAGGCAUUCAAACUCAAUGGGGUUAAAAAAAAAACUUGACGCUGUAGGUCUGUGAAGAAAUUCUUUAUAUCAUGAUACACACAUCUGUACGUGGACUUGCAAAAUUUGCAAUAGACAGUUUAUAUAGUACUAUUAGGUCCUAUCAGGUUGCACAUCCAGUGUGUUGGUGGCCAACAGCUUCUUUAUUUAUGACAUCAUUGCAAUACUGUAGACAAAGUUUUCUGGUUAAUCCUCAAGACAAGAGAGCCAUCUUGUAAGAUUCUAUACCAGGCAAGUCUCAUUAGGCCCACUUUAAACUAACAACCAAGCAGGUAUUCAUUAUCAAAUGCCUGUUUAAGACCAGUGACAAUACAGUAUCAAUUUUAUUAGUACUGUACUGUACUACGAAAAAAAAAAUGAUUCAAAAUUGUUGUUUCAACACCCCCAGGUGGUAAUUUCAUUAGGUCUGACAAACAAGUUUGAUAGUGUAAUACUGUGUGUUCAGCUUCAUUCUUUUUACACAAUGUUGCAU